GAGAACUUCUUAUCGCAAAACCUCCAUCCAUCACCACAACCAACACAUAUAGUCACAAUGCCUUCCGUCGGCAAUCCCAACGGCCCCUCCAAGAACCGCCUUGCGGCGCGCGCCUCAAGUGCCCGCAAGGAGCGACGCAAGCGAUCACAAGCACCCAAGGAUAAGGUCGCAAAGGCCGAUACUACACGAGGCGCAAGGCCAGGUCUUUUGCCUACGAGUGGACCUAGGGCCAAGUUGAGCGCUAAGAAGGCGCGCAAGAUGGAGAAGAGACUGGCGCAUGCUAUGAAGAGAAAGAUGGAAGCCGAGGGCGAGGCGGAGAUGAAGGAUGCGCCAGAGGUUGAGGGCGAGAAGGCUGAGGAGGUUGAGAUGGGUGAUAUUCAGUGAGGGAUAGUUCCUGCGGGAAAGGAAGACAAAACUACGAACGAACAACAAAUGAUGAAGAGUUCCAAAGAGGAGCCGUUGCAACGACGAUAACAGCUUGCGAGUAGACUCUACCACGAGGCGAACCUCACACCCAAAACGAGACUUCAGAACGAAAGGCAUCCCUGAGAUCAAGGACUGGACGAGGCUGGAAAAUUGCUAUAGGCCACACGGAGGAAUCUGCGCUCCAACUUCCAUAAGGCCAAAGGUCGAGGUCCCAAAGUUACAUAUGAAGGGAGACCGUAGAUCUUCUGAAGAUCAACGAAAAUGAUAAUAAAUCUUCCAACUGUGUCUGCGGAACCCAUGACGGUGAAAAUUGAAUGGUGC